CGGGAUCUGCUCGUUCUGCUUCUGCAGUGCAGACAGAGCGUGACGUCAGCGUUCUAGCAUAGUUCAUCCCCUUUCGAAUUUAUCAUGAACGCUGCCAGCCAGUGCAAAAAGUCAUGAUAUGUUCUCAUGUGUUGAUGCAUCAUCCCCGGAGGCGAGUGGCGAUACUGCCGGCGAUGUCGGCAGCCUCGGGGAAGUGUUGGCGUCAUCCGAAGCCGCGGCCUGGAUCGACGGCGUCCCGUUGCCCGUGGACGAGCUGGACGCGGCGCUGUGCGUGGCGGGGGCGCUGAACGCGCGGCGCGCCGAGCAGGAGCCGCCGGCGCGGCAGCGCCAGGACCACGAAGCUGGGCCGUGGCCGCCGCGCGGAGCCGACGAGGGGGACGCCUCAGGCAGCACCGCGGGCCUCGCGGGGGGCAGCGCCGGCGAGGGCGCCUGGGCAGCGCGGCCGCGGGGCUCGUGGAGGCGAACGCAUCGACCCUCGGCUCCGUCUCCUUAGGCGGCACCCUCGGCUCGGAGCCCAGCGGGCUCAGCGCGGGGGCGGGCACAGGUCUGCUGCCCUGCAGGCCCGAGGUGGCGCACGCGAUCCAGAGGCUCCAGGAGGACGACGCCCACCAGCCCACGGGCACGGCGGCGCCGCCGGCCGUUGGCGCCGCGGCUCAGGCGGCGCCGCGCUGGGAGGU